AUGAGCGGAAGAGUGAACAUACCAUCAUACAUCCAGGACCUGAGUUACAGAUACAAAAUGCCCAAGAUGGUCUUGAAGCAAGAAAGUAGACUUAAUGGAGUGAAGACCAAUAUAUUCAACUUAGAUGAGGUAGCUAAGGCUCUCAGAGUUCCAGAAGAAGCUAUAAUAAAGUUCUUCUGCGCUGAGUUAGGAGCUAGUAGUGAAAAGACCACUAUUUUGAAAGGUCAACACAACUUUGAAACCCUCCAAAAAUCUCUUGAUAAAUUUAUUGAGAAGUAUCUAUUAUGUACUAAGUGCAAGUACCCUGAGACCUCCAUGUACUUGGACAAAAAGUCCCUAAAGUCCAAGUGUAGAGCUUGCGGUACAAUUAACAAUCUCGACAGUAAUCAUCGUUCUGGCAAACAACUAAUGAAGCAACUCCCUAAAAACAUGAGUGAAAUCGACUCAAGUAAUACCGCUGCUCAAGCAAAUGAAACUAAAUCCAAGAAGAAGAAGGAUGAGGAUGAUGAAGAAGAAAAAGAUGAGGAAUUAAAGAAAUAAAAAGCUGAAAAUGAGCUUCUUGAGGAAGGCAUUAAUCUCGAGUCUGAAGAAGUUGCUGAGGCAAUCUCAAAGAUUUCAGAUAUUGUCAAGCAAGGAAUCUCAAAUGAAUAACUUCAAGAUGAAGCUUAAAAAACAGCUGUUUCAUUCGGCCUAAGCAAUGAAUUCAGAUACUACAUCUUAAUGUGCGGUAUCUUUACACCUGAUAGAAAUAUCGUCAAGAACUGGGCCCAAUUUGAGCCAAUUUUCCUCAAUCUUAUCUCUCAAGACGGAAAGAUUGGAAUCAAGCAUCUUAUGCAAGCAAUUGUCUAGCUUUUUGUCAAUAGAUAUCCAGAUAUGAUGAAGUACUCUGCUACUUUUAUGAAACUCAUGUACGAUCAAGAAGUAUUCGAGGAAGAAUUCAUCAUUAAGUGGCAUGGCAAAAAACUUAAGCUGGACAAAACUUGUGCUCUCUACGACAGAAAGGCUGAAAGAGCCUUCAGAAAAGGAAUCAACAGCUUUGUUGACUGGUUAAUUAAAGCUUAAGAGGAAGAAGAAGAGGAAGAUGGAGAAGAAGAAGACGAGGAAGAAGAAGAAGUCAAAACUAAUGGUCAAGCCAAGGCCAAGGUUGAAGAGGAAAGUGAAGCUGUCAGAAAGCAAAAAGAGUUAAUUCAAAAGCAAAUGCAAGACCAGCAAAAGAUGAUUGAAGCCAAGAAAGAAGAAGCCUUGAAUAGAGCUCUCACUGAAACUUAAGAAAAGGUCAAUGUCCUCGAUAUUAACGUUGAAGACGACUUCGAGAUUGACGAUAUUUGA